GAGAUACCGGUAUGGCGCUGGGAAGGUCUUUCCUAUUCGGCCUCUUUUUACUCAUCGCUUCCCUGUCACAUGCUGGAGGGGCUCUGUCACGUGACAACCCGGCUCCGCUGAAUAGGAGCAGCUUUCCUCCUGGUUUCAUUUUCGGUACUGCCUCUUCCUCUUAUCAGUAUGAAGGGGCAGUUAAGGAAGGUGGUAGAGGCCCAAGCAUUUGGGAUACUUACACUCACAAGCACCCAGAAAGGAUAAAGGACCGGAGCAAUGGAGACGUAGCUGUGGAUUCUUAUCACCGGUACAAGGGAGAUGCGAAAAUUAUGAAGGAUAUGGGGAUGGACGCUUACAGAUUCUCCAUCUCUUGGACCCGGAUAUUGCCACGUGGAAGUCUAAGUGGGGGAGUAAACAUGGAAGGCAUCAGACACUACAACAACUGCAUCAACGAGCUCCUAUCCAACGGUGUGCAGCCGUUCGUAACCCUCUUUCACUGGGAUUCUCCCCAAUCCCUCGAAGACGCGUACGGCGGCUUCUUGAGCUCCAAAAUCGUGGCUGAUUUCCGCGACUACGUUAAUAUCUGUUUUAGGGAAUUCGGAGACCGGGUGAAGCACUGGAUCACCUUAAACGAGCCAUGGACUUUCAGUGUCGGUGGAUAUGCGAUUGGCUUGUUAGCACCUGGGCGUUGUUCUCCGGGGGACGCUGGGAAUUGCAGCAUGGGUAAUUCAGGCACUGAUCCUUACAAUGUGAGCCAUCACCUGUUGUUGGCCCAUACGGCUGCCGUGAAACUAUACAAGGACACGUAUCAGGUAUCUCAAAAGGGCAAGAUAGGAAUAAUACUGAUUUCCCACUGGAUGGUCCCCUUCUCUACAUCUAAGGUGAACGAUGAUGCAGCUAAAAGAGCCAUCGACUUCAUGUUGGGAUGGUGAGUCAUGGAAACCCUCAUAUCUAUGAUACUAGUAGAAAAAUGCAACAUUAUGAGAUGAACUAGUUUUCUUCUAUGGUUGAUAUAUUCAGGUUUUUGCAUCCCUUAACCUACGGGGAAUAUCCAAAUAGCAUGAGAUCCAACGUAGGAAAUCGGCUCCCAAAAUUCACCAAAAACCAAUCUAUGAUGGUGAAAGGUUCGUUCGAUUUCAUUGGAAUAAAUUACUAUACAGCGCAGUAUGCACAUAAUACUCCUCGAUCAAAUAACGUUUCCGCCAGCUACAUUACCGAUUCUCAUUGUAAUCUCACAAGU